ACACUUAAGCCAUUCAUAUACAUAUAUGACUGUGGGCGCAUGCGUAAAAGUUAUCGUAGAUCAAGAGGGCGGAUGUUCACAAGAUAUUAACUCUAUAAGAAAAGAUUUUCGUGUUUAUUGUGACUGCUGAGAUUUGCACAGAAUGAUACGAUUCAUCUUAAUUCAAAACAGAGCAGGAAAGACUCGUCUUGCAAAGUGGUAUAUGAACUUUGAUGAUGACGAGAAACAGAAAUUAAUAGAAGAGGUGCAUGCUGUGGUAACAGUUAGAGAUGCCAAGCACACCAAUUUUGUUGAGUUUCGUAAUUUCAAAAUUGUCUACAGGCGGUAUGCUGGACUAUAUUUUUGUAUUUGUGUUGAUGUGAAUGACAAUAAUCUUUGUUAUUUAGAAGCAAUUCACAAUUUUGUUGAAGUAUUAAACGAGUACUUCCACAAUGUUUGCGAACUGGACUUGGUCUUCAACUUUUACAAGGUGUAUACUGUAGUCGAUGAGAUGUUUCUAGCUGGGGAAAUUAGGGAGACCAGUCAGACCAAAGUACUCAAACAAUUACUUAUGCUCAAUUCCUUAGAGUAAUACUGCCAAAUAAUUUCAUUCCAAUAGAAAACCCUCGGCUCUCACGAUCUUCAAAAUAAAUUUACAUUUUGCAGUUUUUGUCUUGAAUGUACAUAUAAUACUCAUAAGAAUAUCAUGGUAAUGUAUUUAUUUGGACGUAAGAAAAAAUAAAUGUUAACGAAUAUGCUACCGUAAA